GCCCUGGCUAACAUCGACAUCGGGAGCCUGAUCUGUAAUGUAGGAGCAGGUGGUGGUGGUGCUCCAGCUGCAGCUGCUCCUGCUGGUGGUGCUGCGCCUGCCGGUGGUGCUGCCCCUGCCGAGGAGAAGAAAGAGGAGGAAAAGAAAGAAGAAUCAGAGGAAUCUGAUGAUGACAUGGGCUUUGGUCUUUUUGACUAA